AUCCCCCCUUGAAUCUGAUCCUGAUCACCACCGGCCAAUUCUCCUCCAGCCGACGUCAAUUACCUUCAAUAACUUGAGUCACUCCCUGCGCACAAAGUCAUGGCUAGCUUAAACACAUCCCCAACAUCCUGGUGGAAACCCGCCGCCCUACCCCUCUUCACGGGCUUGCUCGCCCUUCUCGGCGCCGCAGACGGGGCCCUCAACCUCGCCAAGCCCGAAGGCGGGGCCGCGACGUUCGGCCUCUUGCCCCCGCCGCGGGACACCGUCACCCCGGCCCAGUUCGACGCCUUCCACCACGCGCUCAUCAAGGUCAAGGGCGCCCGCAACCUGCACAUGUCGUCGUGCAUCCUGGGCUUGGUGCUCUACGGCCAGUUUUCCGACGUCUGCCGCGCUUCACCGCUAGCGGCCACGGCGGUGCGGAGGUGCCUGGGGAUCGUGCUGAUGCUGGGUUCCGGCGUGGGCUUCAGCGGCGCGGCGGUCGUGUCUGAGUACAUGGCGAGCUCUGGUGCCUCUGAUGAGGCGGUCGCGGUUGGCAGGGCCAAGGUCAAGGGCCAUUUGAUUGCCAACGUGCCAAUCGUGGCGUUAGGAUUGAUUUACUUGUUGUACUGACUGCUCGAGUCGAUAUUUAUGAGCGCUCUCUUGGAUGGGAACUUGCCCUGAUUAUUACGCUUCUCUGUACUUCCCUAAUGUUCAUCAAUGUUGAUGUACACGUACUAGCUUU